AUCCGAUUAUGAAUCGGCUUGCCGAUAUGUCGUCUGCGGUGUUGGUGUUGUUACUCAUGAUCGCGCACUGAGCGAGGUCUCGACGGGUAUACACCUUCAUUAACCGUGCCAAAGAUUGUGAAAUCCGAUCCGCCCGAACGGAGAAAGCGGGCUGCGUACCAUCUCCUAUUUGCGCGCCGGCAGUUGCGCGUCCAUUCGCUCUUCCGGGUAAAGCACGAUUUUCGACUGUUUGCAGCUGGCCGCCCUAGGCGUGGCUUGGUGAUUCUAGGCGAUUCCGUGUUGUAUUCUGCUUGACCGUCGAACCAACCAUCGGCAACCCGUCACGAUGGAUGCAAACCGGCCGUCGACGACGGAGACGCCAGCGGACGCAGAGCCUUUGCUGCCUGCCGAGAAACUUCCGGCGGAGAAGCCAGCGUCCACGGAACCCGUGAAGCAGGCCCGUGCCAUCCUGCGCACGACGCUGGGGUCUCUCGUGUACAAGUUCGCGAAGGGCAUGCUGAUCGCUGGCAGUCUCUACAUCAUGGGCUGGCUCAACUUGAGCCCGGCCUGGCUGCUUAUGGGAGUCGCCUCGUACGUGGCCCAAAAGAACUACAUCGAGCAGAAACGAAUUCGCACCGGCAUCACGAGUACGGAGCACGAGAAGGCGAGCGUGCUGGCUACUCUGGAAGACCUUCCCGCCUGGGUGUUCUUCCCAGACACAGAGAGAGCAGAGUGGGUGAACAAGAUCCUGGGUCAGUUCUGGCCCUUUGUGGGCAACUAUGUCAAGGACCUGAUCCUUGAGUCCAUCGAGCCGAGCGUCCGUUCCUCCCUGCCCGCCUACCUGCACAGCUUCAAGUUCGAGAAGAUCGACCUGGGAGAUGUGCCUCCUCGCAUUGGAGGGGUCAAGGUGUACAAGGAGAAUGUUUCCAGAAAUGAGGUCAUUAUGGACCUGGAGUUGUUUUAUUCAGGAGACUGCAAGUUUAGCAUCAAGGUCAAGGGCUUCAAGGCCGGCAUCAGGGACUUACAGGUGCACGGUCACCUGCGUGUGGUGAUGCGGCCGCUCACCAAGGAGAUGCCUAUCGUCGGGGGAGUCACUGUUUUCUUCCUCCGUCCUCCGGCCAUUGACUUUCAACUGACCAAUUUGGGACAAGUCCUGGAGGUUCCGGGCCUUAAUGACCUGCUCAAGAAGGCGGUGUCAGACCAAGUGGCAGCCAUGAUGGUGCUUCCUAACAAGUUCUCUAUGAAGUUGCAGGAGCAUGUGUCGACCCAGUCGCUGCGCUUCUCUCUGCCCUGUGGAGUCCUACGGCUUGAGGUGGUUGCAGCAAAGGAUCUGGUCAAGGCAGACAUCGGCAUGCUCGGUCUGGGCAAGUCUGACCCCUACGCCAUCAUCACAGUGGGAGCCCAAGAGUUCCGCACGCAGGUUAUUCCCAGCACGGUCAACCCAAAAUGGAACUUUUACUGUGAGGCAGUGAUCUACCAGAUUCCUGGGUGCACUGUGGACAUCGACGUGAUGGACGAAGACCAAAGCAGCAAAGACGACUUCCUUGGAAGGGUCUCUGUGUCAGUGAGUGACCUCCAGGACCAGGGGCAAGGCGACAUGUGGCUGACCUUGGACGACACCAAGUCGGGCAAGAUCCGCCUGCGCACCUUCUGGCUCAGCCUGACCACCGACACCGACGAUCUACCCCUGCAACUGGAGCGUGUCAAAUCCAUCUCAACCAAGACGCCACUGUCAACGGCUGUGCUGAUUGUGUUCCUGGAUUCGGCAAAGCACCUUCCAAAUGCGAGCCGCGCUGCGGGCGAGCCAAGCCCCCAGGUGCAGCUAGUGCUGGGUCACGUGGAGCGCUGGAGCUCUAUCAAGCAUAGCACAAAUGAUCCUGUCUGGGAGGAGAUCUUCUACCUACUGCUUGCUAACCCGGAGGUCCAGGAGAUGGAGAUCAAGGUGGUGGACAACAAGACCGGGCAGGUGCUGGGGCACUUGCCACUGCGUCUGUCGCGGCUGCUCAAGGAGGAGGGCCUGAAGAUAGACGAGCCACUCAUCCUCUUGGGAACGGGCCACCAGGCCAAGCUGAAGCUCACCCUGCAGCUGCGCCUCCUCCACAGCGCAGAGCGCAGGUCCUCCACUUCGGGCACCCCGGUGCAGCGGCAUCGUGCCAGCGUGCGCUCGGUGGACGAGACCGGCCCCACGGCCUCACCCUCUCAUCAGCAGCCCUCUCCACCCCCUCCUCCUCCACGUGGGAGCCCUCCUCCCAGCCCCAGGGUGGCGGCGGCCCCUUCCCUGGACGAGGUGGUUCAGUCGACGGUCUCGCCCAUCCUGGACAGCAUGGCCAUGGGAGAGAGGGCACUGGACGCCAGCCACAGGGACCCCCAGAGGGAAGUGCUGGGGGAUCCCGGUGCAGGAAAGCUCCAGCUGACGCUGCGCUACAGUGCGCAGAGGAGCCGCCUCGUGGUCGUGAUUCACAGGGCAGUGAACCUGGCCCACAAAGAGGGGGACGAUCUCCCAGACCCCUACGUGAAGCUGCACCUGCUGCCUGACAAGCUCAAAGAGAACAAGCGCAAGACUCAGACCUGCAGGAACUCCUGCAACCCUGUGUUCGACGAAACCAUGGAGAUUGAGGGGUCCCUCUCUGAACUGGAGGGCAGCACCCUGCAGGUGUCGGUCAACUCCAAGAGCGGCUCCUCCAUGUUCUCCCGGGGCAAGGUGCUUGGGUCCACCCAAGUCAGCCUGGCCAACCUGGACCUCACCAAGGCACACACCGACUGGUAUGACCUGGAAGUGGAUGCCUGAACUGAUCAGCUCCGUCACCCCAUCGGGGUAGCACACCGUCCGUAACCGGGUUCAACCUCCUGUCGUGGCUGUUCUGGCCUCUGCAUGCGACACUUCUUUGGGGGUAAUGCUUGCGAGGUUUUUUAAAGUUCUUGGUUGUUUCAGUGGGACUGAAAAAAGAAAUGGGAGCCUUGUUGAUUUUGUUUUUUACUUUGUUCUUUUUUUACACGUUUUAUUCUUUUGCAAACAUGUUUUAUUUUGUUUGGUUGUAACAUCGAUGGCGCUUUAUUUUUAUCUCUUGGUCUUGUCGUGCCUUUUGCCGUUAUACCUGCAAGGAACAAAUCUUUUUAUUUUGUUGAAGUUCGUGAAUUCCGUUCCUUUUACCUUUUGUGUUUUAUCCACCCAUUUGAAGAUUUUGGGUGUCCCUAUAUUACCCGAAAGACAAUGUGGAAGUGAGGUUAUGUGCACUUAUAUAAUUAUGGUUAACUGCACACUGUGUCUUUAACUAAGAAGCAUCCUUGGUCUUUGUGUCCCAGGCUGUUGCUCACAUCUUACACUUUAUUCUAGUCCAACAACUUUUAUGAGUUGCAACUGACCAUAAACUACCAAGCAUGAGCCUCUGCUAAAAUGGGUACCCAUGUUUUUAUUUUUGUGAAUUUCAGAACCGAAAAUCUGCAUGUGUAAGGGUCACGCAAGUGCUGAAAUUACAUAUAUCAUGAUUUUGGUCUGUUUGCUUUGUAUCUUACAGCAACCUAUAACUUCAGUUGCCUGUGCAAUGACCUCUAACCUUACCAACACUGAAAACAAAAAUAAUUCACUGCCAUUCUGAGUUGCAAAAGUCGUGUUCUACUUCUACCUGCUGAAGUAUCUUUCUUUUUUUUAUAUAAUGGAACUUAUGUGGAGCGGUAGAAUGAUGUAUAAGUGUCAUUGUAAUGGGACUGGUCCACGCACUUCCUGGUCCUUUUAAUUCCUUACACCUUCAUCUGUUGCACUGACAAUGUUUUUGACUGUUUGUGCCUUUCCAAUUAGGGAGCAUGUUAACGACACCGGCUGGGACAUGCACAAACAUUGCUUGUUCUGUUUUCAAGAUCUUGUAAGGAAAGUCUGUUGAUCCAGUCUGUUAUUUUAAUUUGCAUAAAUAUAUUCUUUUUUAUUGCACUCCAUUGCCGAGAUUUUAAAGGGCAAAUCUGUACUUCACGGUGAAACUGGGUACCACAAAGUUUCCUUUGCCCGACAUCCUUCGUGCUUUGGUAAAAAGGUGCCACGGAGACACUGUUAGGUUUUCACAGUGAAUUGUU